GUUCAAGUGCAGCUGCCAGGAUGCAUCUCAAUGACCCGAGUGGGCCGCAGGCCCUUGUCAACGACAGCUCUGGAGAUGGUGGCGGCGCUGUCUAUCCCAUAGGACAUGGCUAUCCGGCGGAAUAUCAGCAUAUGGUGCAUGCCCAUUGGCGGGGAUUUCGCGAGGCACCGAUCUAUUACCACGCCGGCGUCUACAUUGCCUUUAUAGUCCUCAUGUUCUCCAAUCUGUUUGGGAAUGGUUUGGUCAUAUGGAUUUUCUCCACCUCCAAGUCCCUGCGAACGCCAUCCAAUCUGCUGAUUCUGAAUCUGGCCGUAUUUGAUCUCUUCAUGUGCAGCAAUAUGCCGCAUUAUCUUCUUAAUGCCGCCGUCGGCUAUAUAGUUGGUGGGGAUCUGGGCUGCGAUAUAUACGCUUUGAAUGGCGGCAUCUCCGGCAUGGGUGCGUCCAUAACGAAUGCCUUCAUUGCCUUCGACCGUUAUAAGACCAUCUCGAACCCGAUUGAUGGACGUUUGAGUUACGGACAAAUUGUGCUUUUGAUUAUUUUCACCUGGCUGUGGGCCACGCCCUUUUCGGUUCUACCCUUGUUUCAGAUCUGGGGACGUUAUCAGCCGGAGGGUUUCCUGACCAGCUGCAGCUUCGACUAUCUGACCAACACUGAUGAGAAUCGCCUGUUUGUGCGCACCAUCUUUGUGUGGUCAUAUGUUAUACCUAUGACCAUGAUCCUGACCUCUUACUACAAGCUUUUCACGCACGUCCGCACCCACGAGAAGAUGCUCGCCAAUCAGGCCAAGAAGAUGAAUGUGAAAUCGCUGUCGGCGAAUGCCUCCAACGACAACAUGAGUGUGGAGCUGAGGAUUGCCAAGGCAGCCCUAAUCAUCUACAUGCUGUUCAUCGUGGCCUGGACUCCGUACUCGGUGGUGGCGUUGAUCGGUUGCUUUGGGGAGCAACAGCUGAUAACGCCCUUCGUCUCCAUGCUGCCGUGUCUGGCCGCCAAGUCGGUUUCCUGCCUGGAUCCCUGGGUGUAUGCCACCAGCCAUCCCAAGUUUCGUCUUGAGCUGGAGCGACGUUUGCCUUGGCUGGGCAUUCGGGAGAAGCAUGCCACUUCUGGGUCAUCUGGCGGUCAGGAGAGUGUGGCCAGUGUCAGCGGCGACACGCUGGCUCUCAGUGUUCAAAACUGAUGAUGCAUCCGAUAUACGUACAUAGUCCCCAAAAUUGUACUACUCUGAUAAAGAUUACGAGUUGAUUAGUUCUAAGUGUGCAACGAGCUACAAAAGUUCCCAAAAAUAUAAAACAAAAAAAGUUGGCAUUUGAAAA